UCUCUCUCUCUCUAUAGUUUCUGUUUUCGAUGGCAACGAGGACUAUUUGUCUCAACUCUCGUCAAUGCAUGUACUAAAAUGUUGAUGCACCAAUCCUGCUGACGUAAGAGAGAACCCACAAUUCAACCAUGGCAAAGAAAAAUGUCACUUUGACCACCCAGGCCUCCUAUAUUACAGUGGAUAACGGAUUGGUAAGGCUGACGAUAUCGAAACCAGGAGGACUAUUGACUGCCAUAAAGUAUGGAGGAAUGGGCAAUCUGCUGGACCUCAAAUCAAACGAAUUCAACAGAGGUUACUGGGACAUUAACUGGAACUUGCCAGGAGGCCAGGACAGAUAUCAAUUGCUCAGAGGAUCUGAGUAUAGUGUGAUAAAUUUGAGCAAUGAUCACUUGGAGGUAUCAUUUAAGAGCAUCUAUGAUCCUUCAAUUCCAGGGACCAGACUUCCACUCACUGUCGACAUCAGGUAUGUUGUACGAAGUGGGGUUUCAGGGUUCUACUGCUAUGCGAUAUACGAGCGCCCUCCAGGCUGCCCUGCCUGUGAUCUUGCUCAAACAAGAAUGGUGUUUAAACUGCGACGUGAGAGGUUUCACUACAUGGCAAUCUCGGACAAGAAACAAAGAAUAAUGCCUAUGCCGGAGGAUCUACUUCCUGGUAGAGGCAAACAGCUAAUAGUACCAGAGUCUGUUUUGCUUGUGAAUCCCAUAAAUCCAGACCUUAAGGGAGAGGUUGAUGACAAGUAUCAGUAUUCCAUGGACAACAAGGACGGUGGAGUCCAUGGCUGGAUAAGCUCCCACCCGAUUGUUGGGUUCUGGAUCAUAUUUCCCAGCCAUGAGUUUCGCAAUGGUGGACCUACUAAGCAAAAUCUUACCGUCCACACCGGUCCAGCCUGCCUCGCUAUGUUCCAUGGUAGUCACUACAUUGGGAAUGAUAUGGUUGCUCAUUUCGAAGAAGGUGAGACAUGGAGAAAGGUUUUUGGUCCCUUUUUUGUAUACCUCAAUGCAACCACGGAUGCCUCAAAAGCUCACAACCUAUGGCUAGAUGCAAAGAAACAGAGGUUAAUGGAAGAAUCGUUAUGGCCAUAUGAGUUCAUCUCCUCACCGUAUUAUCUAACAUUUAUCUCAUCUUCCCUUCUUCCUGCUAAAUCUGCAUUCGUUGGUCUAUCAGCUGCAAGAACUCAAGGCUCUUGGCAAACUGAAAGCAAGGGUUAUCAGUUUUGGGUGCAAACAGAUUCAGAUGGAAAUUUUAUGAUCAAGAAUAUCAUACCAGGAGUAUAUGGUCUUCACGGCUGGGUUCCAGGUAUCGUCGGUGAUUACAUGAGAGAAGAACUUGUUACAAUCACUGCAGGAUCAGAAACACAGCUGGGGAAUUUAACUUAUGUGCCCCCUAGAGAUGGCCAAACCGUAUGGGAGAUUGGAUUCCCAGAUCGCACGGCUGAUGAUUACUAUGUUCCAGAUGUGAACCCCAUGUAUGUUAACAAGUUAUUCCUUGAGAGCCCCGAAAAAUUCAGGCAAUAUGGACUGUGGGAUAGAUACACGGACGUCCAUCCAAAAUCUGAUCAAGUUUUCACAGUAAGCAUAAGCAAUCCAAAGAAGGACUGGUUCUUCGCUCAUGUGGACAGGAGGGAUGGAGAAAAAUACGUCCCGUCGACAUGGGAGAUUAGAUUUAACCUCAGAUCAGUGACUUUUGGAACUUACAAGUUGAGAUUGUCUAUUGCCUCAGCCACCCGUACUGACUUGGAGGUACAUGUUAAUCAGAUGAAUGCCCAGCAGCUUGUAUUCCAGGCGAUGAAUUUAGGUGCAGAUAAUACAGUUUGUCGACAUGGAAUCCAUGGACUCUACCAGCUUUUCAGUGUCGAUAUCUCCUCAACGUUGUUGAUUAAUGGUGACAACUGCUUAUUUCUCACACAAGCCAGGGGUGGCGAUGCACUUUGUGGAAUUCUCUAUGACUAUAUAAGGCUGGAAGCUCCACCAACUUCAUAGGUGGAUAUCAGCAUUAAAGAGCUUUAUCAAAAACCAUGCAUUAUGGAGUUAAACGCUUCAUUCUCAUACUCCUCUACUUAAAGACAGACCCUUCAGGAUCUGCUCAAACCAAUGCAUGCUUUCAGCUGUACUCAUAAACAAGAAACAUUUUUAGGCAUUUAACUCUAACAUUGGGAGCAAAACUACUUGCUUUGAGUAAAUAGGAGCAAUAUUAUCUAUAUCACAACAUAUAUUACACUAUUACAAUAGUGUAUCCUGCAAACACUGAUCUUGUUAUUACCUUCACAUGACAUGAACUUCUUCUAUCCACAUCAAAUGAUCAUUUAACAUGGACCACCAUCAUAACUUACAAAAUUGACACCUUCCCAGAGGAAAAUAAGGAAAAGAGAAAAGAGAACCACGAAAAUACAUCAAAAGUGUACAAGAUCUUAAAACUAAGUUUGCGGUAGAACUGGGGUUGAUAGCAGCUUGUGGGCAGACUUUGCCACCUUCCAAUUCAACCAUGACUGAUCCACCACCUCUCUUUGUCCCAACUAA